AUGAAAAGGCAUAACAAAGCGUUGGAAAAAUUAGCCAAAGCUAAAGAAAGAUGGUACGAAAGUCAAGUGGAAAAAAAGAACAGAAUUGCAAUACUCAGGCAGGAACUGGUCGACGCCAAAUCCGAUAUGGAAACGACAAACCGUGCUCUGGACUCCCUGCGGAAAGCGCAGGAGGAAUUAACCUUGGAUAAAGAACCAACAAUUUACGAUUACUAUAAACCAUCAAGCGAAAUGGAAGAAUACCAGCAAAUCACGAUCGGAAUAUUGGGACUGGGGUCUGGAUUCGUAAUUACAAGGUUACUGUAG